UGGGUUGCUUCUCAUAAUGCAGAGUCGACAUUGAAGAUAACCCCCUCUUUAGGACAGUACGAGAAGGCCGCCAAACUCUGCCCGAAGGUGCUGGGAGGAGAUGCAAAGGCAUGGGAGGACUGGAUAUUCCAAUUUGCACAUGCGGAAGAGCUCAGUGUAGGUGCUCACCAUCCCGUUAGACAAUGCUUACAGGAUGAGCAGGUGCUGGUCCCUUAUGUCCCAUUCAAAUCACCUCGUCUAAGUAAACUUGCUUAUGGGAUCAUUCUGGCUUUGCACCGCACAAUAAAUGAAUGGCCUAGUGACAUUUACGACAUACCCUCCUUGAUCAACGCGAUCCCCCACCCUCCCCCUACUAUGAUGUUAAAGGAGUGUCUGGCUGACUUGUAUAUCAAGAACCGUCAACCAGGAAAAGCCCUCAAAUAUUUCCUCGAGCUUCGACGGCCCAAUAUUUUCCAACUAAUCAGAGAGAACAAUCUCUUCCAAGACGUACAAGAUCAAGUCCUACUGUUGGUCAACUUCGAUCAAGAGCUACUGGCACAACGCGAACACUUGCAGGCCACUCAGCCACAACCCCAACCCGAAGCUAAAGUAGUAGCAGCACCAGCACCUGCUACCGGUAUGCUCUCUGCUCUCAGAGCCGGGGUGUCUGCUGCUGUUCCCAUCAAACUCCUCGGUAGCAGUUCUAAGCCUUCGGCAGUUGCUGCAAAGCCUGUCUCUCGACCUAACCUGGGUAAUACACCAUCCAGCUACUGGAGUUCUGCCGUGGAGAAAGAUUCCCCCGAGGUGCGAGAAAAGGCGAGGGGAGAGGCCAUCCCGCUACUCGUAGAACAUUCGCAUUCAAUUCCGAUCGGUAAAGUUGUCUCACAACUAGAAGAAAAACCCUAUUUCCUCUACCUUUACCUGGAUGCCCUCUUUGACAAAGAUCCAGAGUUGAGCGCCGAUUAUAUGGAGAAACAGAUUGAACUCUAUGCGGAAUAUGCGCCAGCCCGACCAUCAGAACUGACAAACCAUGAUCUGCAGAUAUAUAAAAUAUGCGAAAAGAAGAAUAUGGUUUUGGAGAUGGUCUGGGUAAGGAGCCGUAUGGGGGAUAACAAGAGCGCUCUUUACUUGAUCAUCGAUAGAUUGGGAGAUGUCAACCGAGCCAUCGACUUUGCAAAAGAGAGGAAAGAUGACGAUCUAUGGGAGGAUCUAUUACGAUAUUCGGAAACUCGACCCACAUUUAUCAAAGGCCUCUUGGAAAAUGUUAGCACUGAGGUCGAUCCGAUUCGGAUUGUUCGAAGGAUCCGAAAUGGACUAGAAAUUCCUGGGCUCAAACAAUCGCUCAUCAAGAUUUUGCAAGACUUUAACCUGCAGACAAGUCUUAUGGAAGGUUGCGGAAGUGUCCUGAAUAGCGACUGCACAGAACUCGCUGGAAAAUUGCAAAAGUCCCAAGUUGGGGGAAUGGCUGGAAGUGGGAGUAUGUUAUGCCCCAUAUGCAAACGACCCUUGCAACAAAACGACCAAGAUCUCAUCCUGGUAUUUUUGUGCGGUCAUAUGGUGCACGCACAUUGUACGAGUGGCGGGAGCGGUCUUCCAAAACCGAUCAAUAGUUCUCUUGUUGGUGCUGGUCUUGUUGUUGGUCGCGAUGUAGGCGCCAAGAUUGCAUAUGCGGAAAUGGUCAAGAGGCGCCUCGACCAAGGGUGCCCAGUGCACCAGAAACUUGAACAAGGGGACGCAAAUGUAGCUCCUCCACCUCUCCUCCACGCCCAUCACUCUCAUCACUCUCAUACAAGGCAUCACCACGCAUAA